AUGGUCAGCUUGUGUGCACCAUCGGAAAAUGUGGAGACGUUUAAGGUGGCGUUCUUUUCACACUUCCCGAGCCUCCCCAGCUGCAAGCUCACUGAUCCGCGCCAUCGUCGGGUUUUUCCUGUGCUGUGGAAUGGCGAAGCACCACGUUUAGGGAUGGGACGUUCACCUAUAUGGUUAUGUUCUCGCUCUGUUCAGCCGGCUUCUGACACUGACGAUCUCGGUGCUAGCUCCAUCACUCAAGCUCAGUCUGAAUAUUAUCUCGUCAAGCUUUCCGUCGGUGUUGCGGUUUCUAACAUCGGCGAUAAGCCUGUCCACUUGUUAGAUGGUCCCCAACGUUCGCUGCGCCUCGGCGAUGAGUACACAAGGUUCCUUCCCGGGCCUACGUUCACAAACUGGGCAAGAGCCGAUGCGAUCUCGCAACCCCUAGCUCAGAAGGGACUCUAUGUACGACGCGAGCUUGGAUCAAGGUAG